UCGGCGUGUGGUGCACCUGUUUUACGUAUAAUUUGGGAUAUUAGACCGCUGAAAUGCUCUGUUUUCAUCAGUGUCACCAAUAGCCAAACGAAAAGGUUCAAAGGACCUUCUCGUUGGGCCCACGGGGACGUCGAUUCGGUUUGUUUAAAGGUUCAGGAUGUGUUGAUUUUUUUUGUCGGGGUUCAGCAGUGAGACAGCAUCUUUGCCGGGUGACACAUCAUUAUCAGUGCGAGUGGACAAGCCACACAGGACACCAUGUCUGACAAAAGUGACCUAAAAGCGGAGCUGGAGCGCAAGAAGCAACGCCUUGCCCAAAUCAGGGAAGAAAAAAAGAGAAAGGAGGAGGAGAGGAAGAAGAAAGAGGUAAGGAAGAAAUCCGAGGGCCAGCAGAAGAGAGAGAUGACCCCAGAGGACUCAGACUUGGACCGGAAGCGCAGGGAGACCGAGGCCCUGCUGCAGAGUAUUGGCAUCUCACCGGAACCUCCACUAGUGCCAACCCCUGUGUCCCCCUCCAAAUCAGUGAGCACACCCAGUGAGACAGGAAGCCAGGAUUCAGCUGAUGGAGGAGCAGCAAGCAGGUCAGGUUUCUCUAAAAACAAGUCCCAAGCACAGACCUCAAGGACGCUGCAGUGGGACACAGACCCCUCUGUGCUGCAGCUGCAGGCUGAUUCUGAGCUCGGGCGUAGGAUGCAGAGACUCGGGGCCUCCAAGAUCACACAGGUAGACUUUCUUCCCAAAGAGGUGGUCUCUUACAGCAAAGAGACACAGACCCCGAUCACCGCCCACCUGUCUGAAGUAGAGGAGGAAGAGGAAGAUGAAGAGAUGAUGGAAGCCAAACCAGGCCCAGAGUCGGAGCAGCAGGAUGAUGAUGACAACAGGGAAACCAAAGACGGCUCAUUUCCCAUACUGCGGGAGAUGACAGAGGAGGAGAGGCAGCAGAUCUUACACUCCUCUGAGUUUCAGAGCUUUUUCGACUGCAGCAUCAGGGUGAUGGAGAGAGCUCUGGCCGAAGACAGCAACAUAUUCUUCGACUACAGUGGCAGGGACCUGGAGGACAAAGAGGGAGACUUGGGUACCGGCUCCAGCCUCUCCUUUAGCAGACUCUUCUAUGAUGAACACUGGUCCAAACAUCGCGUGAUCACCUGCCUUGACUGGUCCCCGCAGUAUCCUGAGUUACUGGUCGCCUCUUAUAACAAUAAUGAAGAUGCUCCACAUGAACCUGAUGGUGUCGCCCUUGUGUGGAACAUUAAAUUUAAGAAAGCCACUCCAGAGUACAUCUUUCACUGUCAGUCUCCUGUAGUAUCUGUGGGCUUUGCCAGGUUUCAUCCCAACCUGGUGGUGGGUGGGACAUACUCUGGACAGAUCGUCCUGUGGGACAACCGCAGUCACCGUCGGACCCCCGUCCAGAGGACUCCUCUGUCUGCUGCUGCACACACUCACCCAGUGUACUGCGUAAACGUGGUCGGUACGCAGAACGCCAACAACCUGAUCACUGUGUCUACAGACGGCAGGAUGUGCUCCUGGAGUCUGGACAUGCUCUCCCAGCCACAGGAGACCAUGGAGCUGGUGUAUAAUAAAUCCAAACCAGUGGCGGUGACAGGCAUGGCUUUCCCCACGGGGGACGUUAACAACUAUGUGGUCGGCAGUGAGGAGGGCACUGUGUACACUGCAUCCAGACACGGCAGUAAGGCCGGUAUCUGUGAGAUGUUUGAGGGCCACCAAGGACCAGUCACGGGUAUCAGCUGCCACAGUGCAGUGGGCACUGUUGACUUUUCCCACCUCUUCAUCACUUCCUCCUUUGACUGGACCGUGAAACUAUGGAGCACCAAGCACAAUAAGCCUCUGUACUCGUUUGAGGACAACGCAGACUAUGUAUAUGACGUCAUGUGGUCACCCGUGCACCCUGCAAUCUUCGCCGCCGUGGAUGGCAUGGGCCGCUUAGACCUGUGGAACCUCAACAACGACACAGAGGUACCGACUGCUAGUGUGACCAUUGAGGGGGCAUCAGCACUCAACAGAGUCCGCUGGUCAUCAGGAGGGAAGGAGGUAGCUGUGGGCGACUCAGAAGGUCGAGUCUGGAUCUACGAUACUGGAGAGCUGUCAGUGGUUCACACUGAGGACUGGGGGCGGUUCGCUCGUACCCUGAUGGAGAUCCGUGCUAACAGGGCAGACGGCGAGGAGGAGGGGCCUAUGGAGCUGGCUUCAUAGAGCGGGGGACUCCAAACCAAAGCGGGGGGAGAAUCAGACGCCUGGCGUGCUUCUAUCGGUGUCACUGUAGCAUGAGCUUCUCACUCACGGUUCUGUUUCUUCACUUUUCUGUGCCGUUAGCAUCGGGUCCGAACACGGCCGAGCUUUCAUCGUAUUUCUGUGUUUACUGUCCUCCAACUGCAGUCUGUCCGUUUGCGAGUAAACUGUUCUCUCUACUGAUCUGUCCGACUUUAUUUAUUUGUCUAACGACUUACAGUGACGUGUUGCUUGCAACCUGUGAGCCUGCAGUAUUUACGAAGUGGCAGUCUUUCAGCCUUAUGAAGUUCUGUGUACUGUAACAAUGCUUUGCACUACUGUGAAAAUAAAGCAGGGUCCAUAGACUAGUCAUGUAUUGUUUACAAACUGUCAUGUUCACUUUAUGUUGUGCUUUUUUCUCUGUAUAAUGAUGCCUGCAUGCAACACAUUCCUGAAGUAUUACAGAUGCAUAAACAUGAGAGCUGGUUGUUAUGGUGACGUUUUGGCGUGUGUGUGUAGGUGUGUGAGGGUGUCAGAAACUGAACAAGGAUUGGCACUUUGUAUUUUGUUGUUUUAAACUGGAGCAACAACUGUAUAUUAUUAAUGAGCUGCAACGAUG